UAAGACAACUCAGAGAACUCUUAACUUUUCUCUAUGUGGCUUUCUGUAAGAACAGUAUAUGAUCUGGACAUUUCUGAUGAAUACUGUGAAGUUAAUUACAGCUGGCACACCAUGUGGCACAAUUAUAUAUGAAUCUGAACAUUUAUGAGUCUAGCCAAUGCAUGAAAUAACCAAUGCAUUUGAGAUCAGUGUUUAUGGACAAAUUAAUUGAUUAAUAAAUUAUUUUUUUCAGCUUGAACCAUUUUACAGACAAACCUUCAAAAACUUCCUCCGGAUGAUAAUUUAUGGUUUCAGGAAUGGUUCGAUUGUGACAAAUUCCAGCCUUGAAUUUAGUGCCAAUGGCACCAUCCCAACUGACUCCACAGUAAAAGAUGCCCUUGUUAACGCGACUACCGCCAACUCAAGCUUGAAAAUUACUCCAAAUUCUAUAAAUGUCACCCGGGUUCCUGGUCAGUAUACACUUUAAAGGAUAUUGCAUUUUAAUAACUGAGUGGUACAUGUAGAUACUCUAAUUCCAGUUUAACCUCUCAAUCAACAGAGACAAACUCCUCUUCACCAAACACACCUACAACCCCGAGCACAAAUACAACCACUAACACAACUUCACCCCCGAGCACAAAUACAACCAUGAGCACAAAUACAACCCCGAGCACAACUACAACCCCGAGCACAACUACAACCACGAGCACAACUACAACCACGAGCACACCUACAACCACUCCUGCAGUAGCUGCAAUAUUCAACUUGGUCUUUAGCAUCAAUGAAACCUUUGAUGCAGCACUGGCCAAUACCAGCUCUCCACAGUUUGCAGCAAAAGCUACAAGUAUCCGUACUCAGCUUGAACCAUUUUACAGACAAACCUUCAAAAACUUCCUCCGGAUGAUAAUUUAUGGUUUCAGGAAUGGUUCGAUUGUGACAAAUUCCAGCCUUGAAUUUAGUGCCAAUGGCACCAUCCCAACUGACUCCACAGUAAAAGAUGCCCUUGUUAAUGCGACUACCGCCAACUCAAGCUUGAAAAUUACUCCAAAUUCUAUAAAUGUCACCCGGGUUCCUGGUCAGUAUACACUUUAAAGGAUAUUGCAUUUUAAUAACUGAGUGGUACAUGUAGAUACUCUAAUUCCAGUUUAACCUCUCAAUCAACAGAGACAAACUCCUCUUCACCAAACACACCUACAACCCCGAGCACAAAUACAACCACUAACACAACUUCACCCCCGAGCACAAAUACAACCAUGAGCACAAAUACAACCCCGAGCACAACUACAACCCCGAGCACAACUACAACCACGAGCACAACUACAACCACGAGCACACCUACAACCACUCCUGCAGUAGCUGCAAUAUUCAACUUGGUCUUUAGCAUCAAUGAAACCUUUGAUGCAGCACUGGCCAAUACCAGCUCUACACAGUUUGCAGCAAAAGCUACAAGUAUCCGU